AAUGAGUUUCUAUGAGUAUCUCCUAUAUGAAUACUCUUAUGCUUGCUUUUUUACUGAUCACUAUGAUCUUUAUCCAUCGGAUUUCAUGAUUAGUAACAAUUGAGUUCCAGUUAACAAAGUCAACCAACUUUCUUCACUUUCUAACAUGUUAUAGUUAUAGUAUACACUCCAUUGAUCCACUUUCUUCUUCUUAUGGCUUCUUCUUCUUCUUCAUUCACCUACGAUGUUUUCCUAAGCUUCAGAGGCACCGACACACGCUACACAUUCACCGGCCAUCUUUACAAAGCUCUCCAUAACAAAGGAAUCAUGACCUUCAUCGACGACGAUCAUCUUCAAAAAGGUGACCAAAUCACACCCUCACUUCUCAAAGCUAUUGAAAAUUCAAGAAUUGCCAUUGUUGUGCUAUCCAAAAACUAUGCGUCUUCGUCUUUUUGUUUACAAGAGCUUUGUAAGAUUCUUGAAAAUGGGGGUUUGGUUUGGCCGGUUUUUUAUGAGGUUGAGCCUUCGAAUGUGAGGAAGUUGAGUGGGAGUUUUGGAGAAGCUAUGGCUGUUCAUGAGGUUAGGUAUAGUGAUGAUGUUGAUAGGUUGGAGAAAUGGAAGAAGGGUCUUUACCAAGUUGCUAAUUUAGCUGGAUUUCAUUACAAAAAUGGGGAUGGAUAUGAGCAUGAGUUUAUUGGGAAGAUUGUCGAACAAGUCUCAAGAGAGAUUAAGCCUCUUACUAUACCUGUUGUUGAAUAUAGAGUUGGACUGGAGCCCCAAAGGAAAAAUGUACUUUCACUUUUGAAUGUUGGUUGUGAUGACAGAGUUGCCAAGGUAGGGAUCCAUGGAAUUGGUAAAACAACUCUUGCUCUAGAAGUCUAUAAUUUGAUUGUCCAUCAAUUUGAAAGUUCAUGCUUUCUUGAAAACAUUCAGGAAAAUUCAGAGAAACAUGGGUUGAUAUAUCUCCAAAAGAUCAUUCUUUUGGAAAUAAUUGGAGAGAAGGAGAUUGAGUUAACAAGUGUUAAACAAGGAAUUUCAGUAAUACAACAAAGGCUCCGGAAAAAGAAGGUUCUUUUGCUUCUAGAUGAUGUCGACGAGCAGAAACAAUUGGAUGCAAUUGCUGGAGGAAAUGAUUGGUAUGGUCUCGGCAGUAGAGUCAUCAUCACAACCCGGGACAAAGGGUUGCUAUUGUCUCACGGGGUUGAAAGUACGUAUGAGGUCCAUGAAUUGAACAAGAAGGAUGCUUUUGAAUUGCUUAGACAAAAAGCAUUUAAAACCAACAAAGUUUGUCCAAAUUAUGCGGAUGUUUUGAAUCGUGCCUUGACUCAUGCUUCUGGCCUUCCUUUGGCUUUAGAAGUAAUAGGUUCUCACUUAUUUCAUAAAACAGUAGAACAAUGUAAAUCUACAUUAGAUCGUUAUGAAAGGAUUCCUGAUAAAAAGAUGCAAACGUUGCUAAAAGUGAGCUUUGAUGCUUUGGAAGAAGAAGAGAAAAGUGUUUUUCUUGAUAUUGCUUGUUGCUUCAAAGGAUAUGAUUUGACAAUCGUCAAUAAAAUGCUUCAUGCUCAUCAUGGUGACAACAUGGAAGAUCACAUGCAGGUGUUAGUGGAGAAAUCUCUCAUAAAGAUAACCGAGUCUCGUAGCGUAACAUUACAUGAUGUGAUAGAGGACAUGGGAAAAGAAAUUGUUAGACAAGAAUCACCGAAAGAGCCUGGAAAGCGCAGUAGGUUAUGGUGCCCUGAAGAUAUAGUUCAAGUUUUAGAAGAAAAUACGGGAACAAGUAAAAUUGAAAUCAUAUAUUUGGAUUCCUCCAUUGAAGUAAAAUGGGAUGAAGAGGCUUUCAAGAAGAUGGAAAACCUCAGAACGCUAAUUAUUAGGCAUGGUGCUUUUUCUGAAAGUCCCAAAUAUCUUCCAAAUAGUUUGAGAAUUCUGGAAUGGCGGAAAUAUCCUUCAGGAGGUGUACCAUCUGAUUUUUAUCCCAAGAAACUUGCCAUCUGCAAAAUUGCCUUUGACUUUACAUCAUUUGUGUGGGGAGAUUUCUUAAAGAAGAAGUUCCAAAAUAUGAAAGUUUUAAAUAUAGAUAAUUGUGGAUUCUUAGCACGGAUGCCCGACAUAUCUGGUCUCCUAAAUUUAGAAGAACUUUCAUUUCAAUAUUGUGAGAACUUAAUUACAAUGGAUGACUCGGUUGGGUUGUUAGCUAAACUUAAAAUCUUGAGAGUUGGAAGUUGCAAGAAGCUCAAGAGUCUUCCACCUCUCAAGUUGGUUUCGCUAGAAGAACUCGAUCUUUCAUAUAUUGAUAGUCUCGAGAGUUUUCCACAUGUGGUAGAUGGGUUUCUUAAUAAACUUCAAACCUUGAGUGUUAAAAAUUGCAACACUAUUAGGAGUAUUCCACCUCUUAAGAUGGCUUCACUUGAAGAACUUAAUCUUUUAUAUUGUGAUAGUCUCGAGUGUUUUCCACUUGUGGUGGAUGGGUUACUGGAGAAACUUAAAAUCUUGAGAGUUAUAGGUUGCAGUAAUAUCAAAAGUAUCCCACCUUUCAAGUUGACUUCACUAGAAGAACUCGAUCUAUCAUAUUGUAAUAGUCUCACAAGUUUUCCAGUCAUUGUAGAUGGGUUUCUUGAUAAACUUAAACUCCUAAGUGUUAGAUAUUGUUGCAAGCUCAAGAAUAUUCCACCUCUCAAGUUGGGUGCUUUGGAACAACUCGAUCUUUCAUAUUGCAAUAGCCUUGAGAGUUUUCCACCCGUGGUGGAUGGGUUGUUGGGUAAACUUAAAAUCCUCAAAGUUUUUUGCUGCAACAGUAUUAUUAGUAUCCCACCUCUCAAGUUAGAUUCGCUAAAGGAACUGCAUCUUUCAUAUUGUGAUAGUCUUGAGAAUUUUCAACCAGUGAUGAACGGCUUGCUAAAGAAACUUCAGUUCUUGAGUAUUAAAAGUUGCAUUAAUAUCAAGAGCAUUCCGCCUCUUCAAUUGACUUCUCUAGAAGAACUAGAUCUUUCAAAUUGUCAGAGUCUUGAGAGUUUUCCGCCUGUGGUUGAUCAGCUGUUGGAGAACCUUAAAUUCCUAAGUAUUAGAUACUGCCACAAGCUCAGGAUCAUUCCACCUCUGAAGUUGGAUUCUCUGGAACUUCUCGAUAUUUCAUACUGUGAUAGUCUUGAUAGUUUUCCCCAUGUGGUGGAUGGGAUGUUGGAGAAACUUAAAAUUAUGAGAGUUAAAAGUUGUAGCAAUCUCAAGAGUAUCCCACCUCUAAAGUUGGCUUCACUGGAAGAACUUGAUCUUUCAUAUUGUGAUAGUCUCGAGAGUUUUCCAACAGUGGUGGAUGGAUUUUUGGGUAAACUUAGAGUAUUGAGCGUCAAAGGUUGCAACAAACUCAAAAGUUUUCCACCUCUCAAGUUGGCUUCUUUAGAAGUACUUGAUCUUUCAUAUUGUGAUAAUCUCGAGAGUUUUCCUCUUUUGGUGGAUGGAUUUAUGGAUAAACUUCAAUUCUUGAGUAUUAUAUAUUGCAGCAAGCUCAGGAGCAUUCCACCUCUCAAGUUGGCUUUACUGGAACAUUUUGAUCUUUCAUAUUGUGAUAGUCUUGUGAGUUUUCCACCUGUGGUGGAUGGGAUGCUAGAGAAACUUAGAAUCUUCAGAGUUAUAAGUUGCAACCGCAUCCAAAGUAUCCCACCUCUCAAGUUGACUUCCCUAGAAGAACUUAAUCUUACAUAUUGUGAUGGCCUCGAGAGUUUUCCACAUGUGGUAGAUGGGUUGCUGGGUAAACUUAAGGUCCUUAAUGUUAGAUAUUGCCACAAGCUCAAGAGUAUUCCACCUCUCAAAUUAGAUUCGCUGGAACAACUCGAUCUUUCUUAUUGUGAUAGUCUCAAGAGUUUUCCACCUAUUGUGGAUGGACAGCUGAAGAAACUUAAAAUCUUGAGAGUUACAAAUUGCAGCAAUAUUAGGAGUAUCCCGCCUCUCAAUUUGGCUUCGCUAGAAGAACUCAAUCUUUCAUAUUGUCAUAAUCUUGAGUGUUUUCCACUUGUGGUGGAUCGGUUUCCAAAUAAUCUCAAAGUCCUCAGUGUUAGAUAUUGCCGCAAGCUCAAGAGUAUUCCACCUCUCAAGUUUGCUUCGCUAGAAGUUCUUGAUCUUUCAUAUUGUGAUAACCUUGAGAGUUUUCCAAAAAUAUUAGGAGAGAUGGAAAAUAUAAGACAAGUUCACCUGUAUACAACUCCCAUAAAGGAAUUGCCAUUUUCUUUUCAAAAUCUUACUCGACUUCGAACAUUAUAUCUUUGUAAUUGUGGAAUUGUUCAGUUACCAAGUAGCAUUGUCAUGAUGCAAGAACUGGAUGAGCUUAUCAUAGAGGAUGGGGGAUGGCUAUUCCAAAAAGAAGACCAGGGUGACAAAGAAGUCAUCUCAAUGCAGUCUUCACAAGUAGAAUUUCUUCGUGUCUGGAACUGCAACCUUUCUGAUGAAUCAUUGGCAAUCGGUCUUAUGUGGUUUGCUAAUGUUAAAGAAUUAUACCUAAGUUGGAGUAAAUUUACCAUUCUCCCCAACUGCAUUGAAAAAUGCCACUUUUUAUAGAAGCUUUUCUUGGAUAACUGUGAGAAUCUUCAGGAAAUCAAAGGGAUUCCGCCAAACUUAAAAACUUUUUCGGCCAUUAACUGCAUAUCUUUGACUUUGUCGUGUACAAGCAAGUUUAUGAAUCAGGAACUCCAUGAAUCUGGAAACACCAGUUUUGUUUUUCCGCAAGCAGAGAUUCCAAAGUGGAUUGACCACCAAUGCAUGCAAGGACUGUCAAUUUCAUUCUGGUUUCGUAACAAGUUCCCUGCCAUAGUUCUUUGUGUUGUUUCUCCAUUGACAAGGGAUAAUUAUCAACCUAACGUGAAAGUGUUCAUCAAUGGCAAAACAUUUUUCUACAGGGAUGUCGAGGCUGACUAUGAGUGGCCGAUAUCGUUUCAUUUACAUAUUUUUCAUAUGCAAAUAGAAAAAUUCAAUGAUGAUGUGGAUGCAGCACUUUUAGAAAAUGAGUGGAACCAUGUGGUAGUUGACUUUGGGUUUGAAUUCCAUAAAAGUGGAAUCCAUGUGUUGAAAGAGAAAAGUAGUAUGAUGGAUAUCCAAUUCACCAAUCCAGAGAAUGAUGUUAAUAUGGGGGUUACUCUUUAAAACCAAACUCUUAAUCUUAAGCUUUGAUUCUGAUGUGGAUAAAAGUGAAUGGGAUCAACUCUACCAAUUCCAAGACUCCACCAUGUAGUUAUAAGUAUUCCUACAAAGAUACUCAUGGCCAUUAUGUUCACACAGGAUGUUGAUUUCUUGGAAGUGUAAAAGGGGAAGGCUUGGAGAUGGAUCUUUCGGCCGUGGUUGCGCAGAAGUUGCUGAUUAUCUGCAUCCUGUUUUGCAAAUAACAGUUUCUGGCCAUUAUAAUUUUCUGGAUAUCUUGGGAAGCAUGCCUACUGGUGGGUCUCUUUCUGUGUUUACAGUUGAUUAGAUCUUUGUAGUGCAUUUAGAAAGUUAGUCUCUACUAGUGCACGGCUUCAUUUCAGUCACUGCAAUAUGUGAGAUGAUUUACUUGAAAUAUGUGUUUCCUUGUUGGCCAAGGUGAAAGAGUUAGACCUGUUUCAUACAUUACAAUUUCUACCUGCAUACAUAGUAGAAAUUCUUUUUGAGAAUUUAGAAGGAUUCAUCAUGUGUAGGAGCAUUCCCUCAAAAGGCUGUACAUCCUUGAAAGAUUUAGACCUCACACUUCUUGCUGCAUACACCAAAGAUUUUAACUUCUUCAGAUUCAGUGGAAUCUGUAAGGAUUCUUAAUGACAAAAAUGCUUCAAGCCUAACCGAAGAGGCUAUGCAAGCUUUGCAAAUAGUAUGAUGAUGACAUAUCAGGAGAAACGUGAACACUGAUACAAGAAGCCUUGAUGGAAUUCAAAGCUGGAUUAAGGACUAAAAUGAAUCAAGUAUGAAAAUCGAUUCUGAAUUGCUGCAAGCUGAUGGAUUAGGAAUCAGAUUCGCAAGCUGAUUAAUCACCAUAUGAUCAGCUUCCGACGUAUAUAGCAUAAUAAAGAUUUGUAAGCUUUCUUUCAACAACCAGUUGGACCAAACCACUUUACAAACAAUCCCAUGAUGCUGAUCAGUGAAAGGAAUUUAAGUUGGGAAGAUUAGUUUACUUUUCUUACCCUUACCAGGAAAAGUGUAAGUUCAAAGACAAGACAUUAAUGCAUGUUUCCCUACCUAGGAUUCAAAGUUAAGCUAACCAUUGUUUUAAAUGAUUUCCUAAAGAAAAAUUAAUGUUAUUGUUGUCACGUUUAAGUCAAAUGGUAGCAUGUCAAUACCCUUGUCUCAAAGUUGUUGUGUUAUUAUUCCCUCUCUGUCACAUAUAGAUAGAAAUGUUUUUUUUUUA